CUGCUCCAGUCGCAAGGCAGGAAAAGGGAUCGCGAGGCGGAGGGGAAUCGGUGGGGCGCAGCUCAGCACCUCCCGGGCCCAGAACGUCAGAGCAAAGAAUCAGGAGGAACAGCGAUGAAAGAGCAACAUCUUGCAGGAGCAGAAACAGAAGAAGGAGUGGAAGGAGUAGGGAAGCCAACCCAUCUGGUUCAGCCUCUGCAUAUGACGGGGCUGCCAACAUGCGGAGCGUCGCAAAACAUCAAAGUGGAGCCUUUGGGGGGUACGGAAGAGCACUGGGAGGCUCAGUGGCAGGAAUUCCUCAGUACCCUCCAUCCCGGAAGAGGAGGAAACCCCUUGAUGAUGUCGGAGGCUUCCCCCUGGGAUGACCCCAAGGCCUUCCUGGCCUCCUUCGAGCAGGUGGCCACAGCCUGCCGGUGGGCCAGAGGAGAAUGGGCGGCCCAUCUCCGGCCAGCUCUGAGCGGAGGAGUGGAAGAGGCCUUCCGGACUCUGGAAGACCGAGACCAAGAGGAUUAUGGGAAGGUCAAGGCGGCCAUCUUGCGGAGGGAAUCCCUGAGGACGGAGAAGCAGCGACAGCAUUUUCGGCAGUUCUGCUGCCAGGAGGUGGGAGACCCCCGGAGGAUCCACAGCCAACUCCAGGAGCUUUGUUGCCAAUGGUUGAGGCCGGAGAGACGCACCAAGGAGCAGAUUCUGGAGCUGCUGAUCUUGGAGCAGUUCCUGGCCAGCCUCCCACCAGAGCUCCAGAGCUGGAUCCGGGCAGGAGGACCAGACACAUGUUCCCAGGCGGUGGCUCUGGUGGAGGACUUCCUGAUGGGCCAACCAGAUCCCAAGCCAGGCAGGUGGCAGGUGAUGUUAUUCAUUUAUAUGAACAAUUGUUCCUAGUACUACCUGAAAUUAAGGUUCUCCCCACCCCUCACCUUUUUUUCCUUAUUCAGCCUUUUCCAAUUCUCAGAGUCUGCCUGGAUAAGUGUCUGCAAUUUACUUGGGAAGGUGUUUCAAAAGUGGUUUGCCAUUGCCUCCUUCCUAGGGCUGAGAGAAUGUGACUGGCCCAAGGUCAGCCAGCUGACUUACUGCCUAAGGCUGCCCAGAGUCACCUUGUAGGGGAGGUGGUCUCAUAAAAAAAUUAAUAAAUAAAAGGAAAAA